AUGAAUUCAUUGCAUCUCUGUGUGGUCAAACAUGAGUUACUGAUUAGUGGCUUGGCAGAGAUAGUCGUUUGGAAGAGAUACCGGGAUUUUAAGAAACUGCACAAAGAUCUCUGGCAAAUUCAUAAAAACCUAUGCAGACAUACAGAACUCUUCCCACCUUUUGCCAAAGCGAUAGUAUUUGGGCGAUUUGAUGAAACUGUGAUUGAAGAAAGAAGGCAAUGUGCUGAAGAUCUGUUGCAGUUUUCUGCUAAUAUCCCUGCUCUCUAUAACAGCAAACAGCUUGAAGAGUUUUUUAAGGGUGGAGAGGUGCAUGAUGGGUCUGAACUGAUUGGUCCUGUUGAGCCUCUGUCUGACCCUCUGACAGACAACCUGUCUGACUGCAGCUCUGAAGUUCGAAAGGAUUUAAGUGGGCUUGAUGAUGUGACACUUACGAGCCAAUCGGAAUGCGGAGGCUUCUCCAGUGACAGCGACCUGAUCUCUCUGACAGUUGAUGUAGACUCUCUUGCCGAGUUAGAUGAUGGAAUGGCAUCCAACCAAAGUUCUCCCAGUAGAGCUGUUGGCCUUUGCCUUGUUUCUGAACCACCAGUACAAAGCACUCUGGCACCUGAGCAGGAGUGGAGCAAACUUGAAGGAGAGAGGGAAAGCCAUGGUCUGUUUACUGGAAGCUUAAAACCCAAGCCUGGCAAACAAGAUUACUUGGAGAAAGCAGGCGAGUUGAUAAAACUGGCCUUGAAGAAGGAGGAGGAGGAAGAUUAUGAAACUGCCUUCAGCUUUUAUAGAAAGGGGGUUGAUCUGCUUCUGGAAGGUGUUCAAGGUGAAUCAAGUCCAACUCGUCGAGAAGCAGUGAAAAGGAAGACUGCAGAAUACCUUAUGCGUGCAGAAAAAAUUUCCAGUCUCUACCAUAAAUCCUCUGAAGAUGCAUCUGUUUCUAUGCCUCCAGGAUCACUAAGUUCAAGGCCCUCUUGGAACCUAAGGAGCCCUGCCGAGGAACUGAAGGCCUUCAGAGUCCUUGGGGUGAUUGACAAGGUUUUGCUUGUAAUGGACACUAGAACACAACAGACUUUUAUACUGAAGGGUCUAAGGAAAAGUAGUGAGUACAGCAGGAGCAGAACGACCAUCAUCCCCCGCUGUGUGCCCAACAUGGUGUGUCUGCACAAGUACAUCAUCUCCGAGGAGUCUGUCUUUCUCGUGUUACAGCAUGCAGAAGGAGGAAAACUGUGGUCUUAUGUCAGUAAGUUCUUGAACAGAAGUCCUGAAGAGAGCUUUGAAAUUCCUGAACCCAGAACAUACAGUUCAACUAAAAUUUACCUGGAGCAGCCAACACCUAGCCCUAAAGAAACUGGUAGCAGCACUGAUUCCAGAGAAAGCUACCGGGAGAGCACACUGAAGGUGGUCCCACUGAAGAGCAGCCUAACGCCAAGCUCUCAGGAUGACAGCAGCAACCAGGAAGAUGGCCAAGAGAGUUCGAAGUGGAUGGACUCAGGAUCCAGCUCAGAAGAAGAGUGCACUACUAGUUAUUUAACGUUAUGCAAUGAAUACGGGCAAGAAAAAAUUGAUUCUGGCUCUCUAAAUGAGGAAGCGGUGGUUAAACUGGAGAGCGAAGGUCUAAAUACCAAAGAGAGAAGUUGCUUGCAGAAAUGCGGUGUCGUUGGCAGUGAUAGCUUCACCUCUCAGAUUGCAUCUCAGGAACGAAAGCUUUUCAUUGACGAUGAUGAGUCGGAAAUAUCUAGCCCUACUAGGAUAUUGGACUCAUUAACUAAAUCAAAGAACAGCCCCAUGGAACUCUUCAGGAUAGACAGCAAAGAUAGCACUAGUGAGCUCCUGGGGCUUGAUUUUGGAGAAAAAUUAUAUAACCUGAAAUCGGAGCCUUUGAAGCCAUUGUUUUCUGUCCCAGAUCAUGACACAAGCUUGGACGCCCUAGAGAGCAAAGCAGGUGUGAGAGCUCAUGACACCAUAAGCAGGGGUUCAAAUGACUCUGUGCCAGUUAUCUCCUUUAAGGAUGCUGCUUUUGAUGAGGUAAAUAGUGUUGAUGAAGGAAGGCCUGAUCUCCUAAUAAACUUGCCUGGUAUGUCUGAUGAAACAGAAGAGGCAGCAGUGUCAAGGCCAACGAAGUUUACAAAAACUGAUAGGGACAUGUUGGAAGUAAAAUUACUAGAAACACCUGAUGUCUUACAAUUAAAUAAUUCUGCAGAGCCAUGCAAAACAUUUGAUCAAGAGCCAAAUCUUGUGGCACCAGAAGUGGGUGAUUCUUCCCGCGAGGAAGCGAAUGGACAAAGCGGUGUCACUCAGGGAGCUCUUGGGACCCUCUUUACAUCUGACCAAGAGGUAGGUAGUUCAGAAGAUGGGGCUCUGUUUCAAGGGCUUGGAGCCUGCUCCUUAAACGUGACAAGCAAAGAAGAAAAUGUAUUUGUUUCCAACCCGCUCUCAGGUGCUCAAGAUGUUAGCUUGGAUGGAGACAUAUUAAGAAAUGAAGCAGUGUUGCUGUUUUCCGAUCAAACUGAAGACUUUGGGAAAGAGGAAACAGACUCGGCUUUGUUACCAGCAGCUGAAAGUAAAAAGACAGCACCAAAGAGGGAAGACAAAAUAGCAGUAGCAGGGGAGAAGGAAAUACAUCAGAUCUUUCAGGACCUCGACGAAAGAUUAGUGAUAACCUCCAGGUUUUAUAUCCCAGAGGAUUGCAUUCAAAGAUGGGCAGCUGAAAUGGUUGUAGCCCUUGAUGCUUUACAUAGAGAAGGAAUUGUGUGCCGCGAUUUGAACCCAAACAACAUCUUAUUGAAUGAUAGAGGACACAUUCAGCUAACGUAUUUUAGCAGGUGGAGGGAGGUUGAAGAUUCCUGUGACAACGAUGCCAUAGAGAGAAUGUACUGUGCCCCAGAGGUUGGCACUAUCGUAGAAGAGACAGAAGCUUGUGACUGGUGGAGCCUGGGUGCCAUUCUUUUUGAACUCCUUACUGGGAAGACUCUGGUUGAGUGCCAUCCAUCAGGAAUAAACACUCACACUUCUUUGAGUAUACCAGACCAUGUAUCAAAGGAGGCCAGAUCACUGAUUCAGCAGCUUUUGCAGUUUAAUCCUGCGGAGCGUCUUGGUGCUGGCGUUGCUGGUGUUGAAGACAUCAAAUCUCAUCCAUUUUUUGCCCUUAUAGAAUGGGCAGAUCUGCUCAGAUGAGAGAUGCGUGCCCUCUGAACAAACUCAGGUCAAGUGGACAAGUUUCUCUGGCACAGAAGGACCCUGACUUGCUUCCUUUGGAUGUCCCAAACCAUUUGGACGUGAUGACUAAAGGACGCUGGAGCAAUCAGGCCAAAAGUGAACACUUUUAACAGGAAUCACUGGUUGUACAGGGUGCUAGCUUAUUUUUACGGCAACUGGUUGCUACAUAUGUGUAAGUCUUUUCGCCAAAGGGUGGUUUGUGGUGAAACUCCUGGGCAGCAUGUUUAGCACUGCCAGCUUGUUGACUAAGUAGAAACAGGAAUGUGCUCCUGGUGCUUUGUCUGAUGAUGGAAGUGUCUAUAGACCGUGCCAGCUGAAAGUAUCUUUUAUAGUGUCAACAGAACAUUUCCCUAUGCUAAGUGCAGCUCUGGGGGGGCGAGAGGAGGAAGGAGCAAAUAACUUGUUAACGGUAUAUGCUGAAUAAAAUACUAAAAUGCUUUAUGCAAAAGUUGACACGUUAAAAAUAAUAUAUCCAUUAAAAAUUAAGAAAGCUGUUGCAUAAUACUGUGGAAUGUGUCUUGAAAAUGGCAUAUAAUUUCCCGCUGUGGAAAGAGCGUAU